GCUAAGAUCAUAUUCACAAGUCCAUUGGGAGAAGAAGUGAAAACCAUAACGGCCUGGGAUACACAGAUCGAAACACUCAGGGACAUCAGGGACCAUCUGCGUGACUUUACAAUGGAGAAACCCACGGUCACAGACCCUCUCACCCUGCAGGCCAGGAUGACAUGUCGCUGUGAGGAUGACAGACACAUCAGUGGAUCCUGGCAGUGUGGCUUGAAUGGACAAAUGAGCCUCCACUUUGAUUCGAAGAAUGGACACUGGAGAGUGGAUCACCCUGCAGGCAGAUGGAUGAAAGAGAAGUGGGAGAAUGACAGAGCUGUGACCGAGUUCCUGAAGAAGGUCUCCAUGGGAGACUGUCCGGCCUGGCUUCAGGCUUUCAUGGUGCGCUGGGAGAAAAUGCUGAAGACCUCGGGAGAUGCUGCUCCCAUCAAGCCCCUGACAGGUGCUCUGUCAGCCUCAGGAUUCAGUCUUUGCUUGGCCACCUUUGUUCUCUUUCUGUACACUUUAGAGCCAGGAGAUCAACCAGUAUGCAGAGCCUGCCUUCCAGUUGUGCUGACCCAGAUGCUCAUUUUCCUCUGACCGGUCACAUGGUGAACAGCCUCCUCCGUCUCUUUGUUUCUUCCCAUCCUCUUUUGCCUCUCUCUCUUGGUGCUAAGUGAUGGAAUCCCUGCACUGAAAUAUUCACCUUCCUGAAUAAGAAAUCUCCUCAAACAGGACACUUUCUGUCUUCUCCUAGUUUGUGAGAAAUCAGAUUCUUCUCUGUAUGGCAAUCUCUUUGUUGGAAAUGAUGAUAAUGGAAGAAAAAUGCCAUCUGCUAUUACAGGACUCAGGGGUUCUUUCUAUGGGCGGAGAAACAACUUCAGAGUAUUUUCAACAGAACAAAAUAUUAUGUCUGAAUGUC